GUAGUCAUUUUUUUCUAAAAGAGAUUAAUUUUGAAUCUAUGAAGAAUUCAGUUACCAGUUGCACGCAAAUCAAUCCAGCUAUGUAAAAUAAAUUCAUCUUAAAACUGUUCAAUGGCUUACUUUACCGAUAUGGCAGUACCCAAACCACCCCCCACCGCCUACACCAAAUCUAGAGAUGACCCCUCCAAGCAGCGAUUCAUCCAGCAGGGGGACGUCAGGCUACCCAAGGGCAGCUCACACCAGGCCCAGAGCACCCGAGAGAGGAUUGUGAUGGCCAAGUUGGCGAAAGAUCUCGAGUUAAUUGACAGCCAGAAGAGAAUUGUGGUCAACGCCGUCGAACAGGAGAUGCACCAACUGCGGAUGUGUCUGCGGGAUAUCGAGGAGGGGAAGAGUCAAGUGUCCCCCUACUUGACAGACGUGGACGCCCGAAGGAGUCUCACCUCCUCCUCCAUGGGACCCACGCCAAGACUACUCAUGAAGCCCAUUGUGAGCAUGAGCAAGAGUGACCUGGCGAAACAGAGGGCUAAACUGUUGCAGAGGGAGUACAAGAAACAGAAUGAGAUGAAUGAGUACCUCAACCACCUCUUCCAGACCAUCUCAGACCGCAACAUCAAGGAGUUGAGCAACCUCGCCACAAGUCACAAUAGAAGCGCUAACACGGCCAAGAGUAAAAUGUCUAGUUGCCAUGAUAUUGACGAGGCAAGUUCGGUUGUUGAUGACACCAACCCACCGUCAGCUGCGAAAAACACAAACAGACGAGGCUCUACGUUUUUGGAGGUCCCAAAAAUGAGUGAUAAAAUGGCAAAUGUGGUGAAAAACAAGCUGAGCAAGAAAGCUUCAAAAAUUGAGCUGCCUCGAAUUGAUGCUUGUGGUCUAUCGAGGGAAAGGUCGAAAGUAUCUUUCAAGUUGGAUUCGCGCGAAGACUCGACUAUGGAUGAAAGUUUGGAGCAAGAGGUGUCUAAAAUGGCGAGCAACCUACUUCAGAUGCAGAAGAGGUCAGCGCGGAUUAGACGGAAACUGACGGACCAAAACAUGGUGUGGACAGACGGUGCUAUGGCGCUGUCUCUCCGGAAGCUCCGACGGGAGAAGAACCGGUCGGAGGAGUACGUCAUCAAAAACAGCAGCAGCAGUCGAGCUCUUCUGGCGCUUACGAAAGAGGCGGACUCAAUUGACAGGAGCAAAACUGUGGAGGUGCAGAAAGGGAGGUUGAAGCUCCAUUUCAAGGCUGAUGAUCGGGCCAAAAAGAACAGAGACCACAGGAAGUUCCAAUCUGGGAGGAACCAAAAAAUUGAAACAAAAAUCAUGAGUUUUGUUCAGCAUUGAAACCAGAAA